CCCGGCGUUCUGAGCGUUCCGCGCCCCGCGCCGCCCGGCCCCCCCGCCGCCGAUGGCCGCCGACCCGCCGGGAGCUGCCGAGAAGGGAGAGAUGGCUCCCGGGACACGUGUGAGCCCUCGGCGUUGCUGACGCCCCCAAUGUCGUCGAGCAGCCGGGGGCCGGGGGCCGGAGCGCGCCGACGCCGAACCCGCUGCCGCCGCUGCCGGGCCUGUGUGCGCACUGAGUGCGGGGACUGCCACUUCUGCAGAGACAUGAAGAAGUUCGGGGGGCCCGGGCGCAUGAAGCAGUCGUGCCUGCUCCGGCAGUGCACUGCCCCCGUGCUCCCACACACAGCUGUGUGCCUCUUGUGUGGGGAGGCUGGGAAGGAGGACACAGUAGAGGGAGAGGAAGAGAAAUUUGGUUUGAGCCUCAUGGAGUGUACAAUCUGCAAUGAGAUCGUCCACCCUGGCUGCCUGAAGAUGGGGAAGGCUGAGGGUGUCAUCAAUGCGGAGAUCCCUAACUGCUGGGAGUGCCCUCGCUGCACCCAGGAAGGCCGGACCAGCAAGGAUUCAGGUGAGGGACCAGGCCGCCGCAGGGCUGACAACGGCGAGGAGGGCGCCAGCCUGGGGAGUGGAUGGAAGCUGACGGAGGAGCCGCCGCUUCCACCACCCCCACCCAGGCGCAAGGGCCCCUUACCUGCUGGGCCCCCCCCAGAGGACGUGCCUGGGCCCCCCAAAAGAAAGGAGAGGGAGGCAGGGAAUGAGCCCCCCACCCCAAGGAAAAAGGUGAAAGGAGGCCGAGAGAGGCACCUGAAGAAGGUGGGUGGAGACGCCUGCCUCCUCCGAGGAUCGGACCCAGGCGGCCCCGGCCUUCUGCCCCCCAGGGUUCUGAAUCCGAGCCAGGCUUUCUCGUCCUGCCACCCUGGGCUCCCUCCCGAGAACUGGGAGAAACCAAAGCCGCCUUUGGCCUCUGCUGAGGGCCCGGCAGUGCCAUCCCCGUCCCCACAGAGGGAGAAGCUCGAGCGUUUCAAGCGCAUGUGCCAGCUGCUGGAGCGGGUCCCUGACACCUCCUCGUCCUCCUCGGACUCGGAUUCCGACUCUGACUCUUCAGGCACAUCGCUCAGUGAGGAGGAGGCCCCUGGCGAGGCCCGGAAUGGGCGACGGCCAGCCCGGGGCAGCUCGGGCGAGAAGGAGAACCGCGGGGGGCGGCGGGCUGUGCGCCCCGGCAGUGGGGGGCCCCUCCUCAGCUGGCCCCUGGGCCCCGCCCCACCGCCCCGGCCCCCACAGCUGGAGAGGCACGUGGUCCGGCCCCCACCUCGAAGCCCUGAGCCCGACACGCUGCCUUUGGCCGCUGGAUCCGACCACCCGCUGCCCCGAGCCGCCUGGCUUCGUGUCUUCCAGCACCUCGGGCCCCGAGAGCUGUGCAUUUGCAUGCGAGUCUGCCGGACUUGGAGCCGCUGGUGCUAUGACAAGCGUCUGUGGCCUCGAAUGGACCUGAGCCGGCGAAAGUCACUGACCCCACCCAUGCUCAGUGGUGUGGUUCGUCGCCAGCCCCGAGCCCUGGACCUCAGCUGGACAGGUGUCUCCAAGAAGCAGCUCAUGUGGCUUCUGAACCGUCUGCAAGGCCUGCAGGAGCUGGUGCUCUCUGGCUGCUCCUGGCUCUCUGUCUCUGCCCUGGGCUCAGCCCCACUGCCGGCCCUGCGGCUCCUGGACCUCCGCUGGAUUGAGGAUGUUAAAGACUCCCAGCUCCGCGAGCUGCUCUUGCCUCCACCAGACACCAAACCAGGGCAAACGGAGAGCCGUGGGCGGCUGCAGGGGGUAGCAGAGCUGCGCCUGGCAGGCCUGGAGCUGACAGAUGCCUCCCUGCGGCUCCUGCUGCGCCACGCACCCCAGCUGAGUGCGCUGGACCUGAGCCACUGCGCCCACGUCGGGGACCCCAGCGUCCACCUCCUUACAGCCCCCACUUCCCCACUCCGCGAGACCUUGGUGCACCUCAAUCUUGCUGGUUGCCACCGCCUCACGGACCACUGCCUCCCGCUGUUCCGCCGCUGCCCGCGCCUUCGCCGCCUAGACCUGCGCUCCUGCCGCCAGCUCUCACCUGAAGCUUGUGCCCGGCUGGCAGCCGCUGGGCCCCCUGGCCCCUUCCGCUGCCCAGAGGAGAAGCUACUUCUCAAGGACAGCUAGUUGGGUGCCCCCCACCCUCCCCCAGGACUCAUCAGGAGCCUGGACCUCGGGCCUUCAUUUUAUCCCUGCCAGGAGGCCAGGUUACCCACCUCAUGACUUGGGAUUCCUGCCCAGGGACUCGAGCCAGCCUCCCCCCUCUCUACCCCCUGCACUGAUAUCUCUGGGGGUCUCUCCUUCCCAUCCCCUCUCCCUUCCACCUGCUUCAUUGUCCAUCCCCUGGGGGGAGUGGGUUAGAGGUACAGGGGGGUGCUGAGCCAAAGGGAUGGUGUGGGGGGGUAAGGUGCAAGUUUGAGGGAGGGAAAUGGGGAAAGGGUACCUGCACACAGGAUACUGGGAG